AGAAGAGGCAGUGCAUUAAUGCUCUUCGGUUUUUGGUAUCCAACAAACAGUCCUAUACAUUUUGUUUCAAUUUUAUUGUAAAACUAACAACAAUCUGGAGUGAGAUAAUUUUCAUUGCAUUAUAUGCAUAUGUUGUGCGUGAGUUCGCGUAACAGCAAAUUCGUUCGAUUGCAGUGUCUUCUGUUUUGAGACCAACUCUGAAAGAUCGUAUGCGAGCAAUCUUUUAAGCGUUAGCGUCCAUCCAACAACUUCCUUUGCACAAAAACAACCUUCCCUCGUUUCGGUUGACGUUGGCCAUUUUUCUACGCUCUUCUUCCGCGUGAUUUGAACCACGACAACAGCGUCGGAAUUUGUGGAUGUUUCGACCCACGAAAGUGUUCUAAUUUUAGUUCCGAAGUGACGUGUUAAUGUACGCGGAUCUUUAGAGUGGUGUUUUUAAAAACAAUAUCUUUCCAAAGGCAAGUAGCUUCGUCAGCUCAGUCCAACAUACUGGGAAAUAUACGAAGGCAGCUGUGGAAGUAGCGGGAGCGGAAGUGAAACAACCCUGAAAUCAGAAUAAUAAAAAAAAAACAGCAAGCAAAACCGGCGCUCUCGAGUACCAUCGAAUGCGAAUCGAGUGUAAAAGGCGAAUAAUCGAGGUAUGAUAUCAUCGGUUUGAUUUUUUUUUUCCAUCGUAAAAGCGCUGUUUGUUCAUCAUCGCCCGUGUUGUAGAGCUGCAGAAGAAAAACAUUGUUUCAAUCGGUUUCACGUGCAUCGGAGAGAGAAGCGAGAUCAAAAUAAGCAUUAUAUAUUGGCGUCCACAGCUUCGCCUAGUGUUAACUUUUGAGGUCAGUGAAAAUGUACGCUGCUGAUUGCUGCUCCAUUUGCUGCCUGCUAGCUUUGUCCGAGUGUUGCUGAAGUGAAGAAACUAGGAGGGAAAAGCAGUCCUCUAGCCACUACCAGAGCAGAAAGGUAAAUAGGAAAGACGAAACGGUAGCAGCUUUGCGGUUGUGGCAACACGGAUUAUGAGCUCAAGCCGAUUGCCGAAAUUUUUAAAACCGGAUGACGAUUCAUUUUCAUCAGAACGUGACGCAGCCCCGUCCGAUGAUCACGUAACCGCGUUCGUCUUCAACUCUCACCACUCGCUCAACCUUGCCACUCAGCGCGAACGUCUUCCGAUCCGGCAGUACCGCGAUCAGAUAUUCUACUGUCUCGAACACUACCAAACGUUGGUGCUGGUCGGCGAAACCGGUUCCGGCAAGAGCACACAGGUACCGCAGUACCUGUACGAGUUCGGAUGGCACAGCAAGGGUCUGAUCGGCGUAACCGAGCCACGUCGCAUCUCGGCUAUUACGCUGGCCGACCGGGUGGCUUCGGAACGUGGAGAACUGAGCGGCGAAACGGUGGGCGUUUCGAUACGAUUCAUAUCGAAAUGUGAUCCUGCGUCAACAAAGAUCAAAUUCAUGACGGAGGGAAUCCUUCUGCGGGAGAUGUUGGCUGACCCAUUGUUGACCCAGUACGGGGUCAUUAUGGUAGAUGAAGCGCACGAGCGCAGUGUUCUGACGGACACGGUGCUGGGACUGUUGAAGAAGAUUGCCCGCAAAAGACCGGCGCUGAAGAUUAUCAUUUCAUCCGCGACAGUUGACGCGGAACUGUUUCAGGAGUUUUUCAAUUUGAAAACCAAGAAGGACGAGAAGGAUACUUCGGUAAUAUUGACCGUUGAGGGGCGGAUGUAUUCGUUUGAGGUUUUCUACUUGGAAGAGCCAUGUCCGGAUUAUGUGAAGGCAACCGUGGAAACAGUAAUGAAGAUUCAUCGUAAAGAACAACGAGGUGAUAUACUAGCAUUUCUCACGGGUCAAGAAGAGGUACUUAAGGCACUUGACCUUCUGCGCGAGCACAAGGAUGCCAGUGGAAAGGACGACAUGCUGAUUCUUCCCAUGUACGGAACCCUUCCGAAUACGGAUCAACUCAAGGUGUUCUUCGGGACGCCAAAAGGGGUCCGUAAGAUCAUUCUGGCAACCAAUAUCGCCGAGACGUCCGUUACCAUUCCUGGAAUUGUCUACGUGAUUGAUUGUGGCUUCGUCAAGCUCAACUGGUACUCUGCGGAUAGCACCACCAACAGCUUGGUUGUUGUCCCAACGAGCAAAGCAGCGGCGGAGCAGCGCGCGGGCCGAGCAGGUCGAGUUCGAAGUGGAAAGGUGUUCCGCCUAUACACUGAAGAGGAAUGGGAGAAGCUGCCGGAUCACACUCCCCCAGAGAUGCGCCGAUCAGAUCUCUGCAGCACUGUUCUCUUUUUGAAAGCUCUCGGAAUAGACAACAUUUUGCGAUUUACGUUCCCAUCGCCACCACCAGCGAAAAACUUGCUGGCUUCCCUCGAGACCCUGUACGCAUUGGAAGCCCUCGACGAAGAUGGAAAUUUGACCACUCCGGUAGGUUACUUCCUAGCCGAAAUGCCAUUUAGUGCCAUGUUGGCAAAAAUGCUGUACAAAGCCGGGGAAAUGGGUUGCUCCGAAGAAAUCCUGAUCAUCAUCGCUAUGCUGCAGGUACAGUCGGUAUUCUCGAAACCAGUCAGUGGACAAGCAUCGAUUCGGGCGCGUAUCGCAAAGCGCAACUUCGAGGUAGCCGAAGGAGAUUUGAUCACCCUGUUGAACGUCUAUACAGCGUUCGUUGAGAAUGAUCGAACAAAAGAAUUUUGUGGCAGAAAUUUCCUAAUCUAUAGAAACCUGAAACGUGCACACGAAAUCAAAACACAGCUGUGCAGUAUGCUGGAGAGGGAGUUGAAUAUUCCUCUGCUGUCCUGCAAUGGAAACGUUGAAACCAUUUGCCGCUGCAUCGUGUCUGGAUUCUUCCCUUAUGCCGCUUACUUGCAUCAUUCUGGUGUCUAUAGGACUGUCAGAGGAAACACGGAGUUGGCCAUCCAUCCUAUAUCUUGUCUCUACACCAUUGAACAGCCUCAAUGGGUCAUUUUUUGUGAACUGAUGCACACCACAAAGCUGUUCAUGAAGGACAUAACGGUCAUCAAGCAGGAAUGGCUUACAGAGUUGGCCCCUCACUACUAUCACAAGAUUACAGUCAAAGAUCGUUUCAAUUAACUGGACCCGUUCGGACAUAAUAAAUUGCUACAAAUAUAUGAAUAACAAAUC